CACAGGACAGACAGAACGUUUACUGACAAUAGAGAGAAAUUUACUGUAAACUCAAGAGAGACAGAAAUGCUGUAACUCAGGAUGGGCAGAGAUGCAGAGGCAGAGGUGGAGCAUGUAUGUGAACAGUGAAAGAACGCACUGAAUGUCAUCGUCAGUUGAUCCAAAGUUUCAAGCACUAGUUUUUCGUUUACCUUUCCAUAAAACUUCCUAACCAACAUCUCAGAAGAUAGAAAGAAAAAUUUGACGCUUUUGAUCUCUGAUAAGUGUUUUUUUGUGGGGAACCAAGAAAGUUAUGCUUGUUUUGGUUUCUCGUAGACAUAGCAUAGGGUGCAAGCAACGCCUCCAUCGGACGGACCUAUGCUAAGUCUACGAGAAACCAAAACAAGACUAACUUUCUUGGUUCUCCAUAAAAACCUACUUUCAAAAUAUCAAAAAAUUCUAAAAUUUUAUUCUCUAUUCUGAAACAUUAACUGGGAAGGUUUGUUGAAGUGACAACGAAAAACUGAUGCUGCAAGUUUUGGAGAUAGUGGCAGUCGGAAUCAGAAUGGAGGCUGACGUAGAAAUGCGGCAGAUCACGAGUGCUGCACCCGGAAUGGCAACUGAGGAUCCGUCAACUCUAAGCGCAGUUCCUUUGAGUCAAAAUGUUGUUCGACCCAACCGAGCAUCUUCUCCGGAUUUCCCGACACAUCCAUCUCCAGAGAUGCCUCUUUGGCUCACUAAAUGCCUUAAGCUGCUCGCUUUGCAUACCCCUGAAGCUGGCGAAGAAAUUGGGCGCAUGAUGGAUGAAGCUUUGGAUAGGCGCUCAAAAUUGGACGAAGCCGCCGCGUCCGGAAAUCCGAUGCCCAAAAUCAUUCCUCUCGCCAAAGCAGCGGUCCCUGGAAAAAUUCCCGCUGCACCGGUGGUGAAGAAACCGGACUUCCCGGCGAAAAGCAAACUGCCAACGAAACCCGAAGGCCAGCCGAUGGCCAAAAGACCUAAAUUCAGUCCGUCAUCCACUCCCGUUCCUCUCGGUCCGAAAAGUUCCUCUGAUCCGACUAUGGCUGCCUCGGUCUCGCCGGCGCUGGACGAUGAUGCCUCUGUGGAAGUGCUGGUGUCGGGCACAUCUGGCGACAACGUGGACGACACCGAAGUGGAGACGGAUCUGUCCGCUUUGCUCGGCGAAGAUGCGUGUACUGUGUGCGGAGAGACUAAUCAGUCGAGUGGAAAUGAUCUGCUUAAGUGCUACGAAUGCAAGAAAUAUUAUCAUCAGCUGUGCCACAAACCGCCUCUGGUUGACGUUAAUCCAGAUGACCCGCGAUUCGUAUUUUACUGCAGCGAAUGCACGAAGAAGCAGAAGAAACAGUCAGAAAAAGCGGAAGCCAAGCCCCAGUCUCCGACAAAGAUUGUGCCUAUUCCAUCGAAACCGAAAUCAGCUGCUGCAUCAGGCCUAACACCGUCGAGCAGUUCGUCACAACUCUUUAAACGCGCUGAACCUAAGGCGACUGUAAGUAAUAUUUCCGCUACCGGAGCUGGAUUAGCGAAACUUGCUGCCGGUGCGAAGACCGCUAAACAACAUCGCGGCGAUAAAGAUGCUAAAAAAAUUAAACUCAUUGACCCACCAGCACCUCCAAAGAAAACAUAAGUUCAAGAUUUUCUCUGCUGAUCUGCAGUCAGGAGAUCAGUUGGUUGGCUAUUUGGACUGUUUUGUCGACGAAAGUAGUUUAUAAGGAGUUGCGCCCUUGAAAACUUUUUAACUGCCCGAUCUGCUUCCCAGGUUGUAAGUUCCGUGUCUUUACAUUAAAUAAGUUGUCUCCGGCAUUCCUUGGAAAGCUUCUGUGUUUCGCAUUUUGUGACGCGAGAUCUGCGAGUUAGAUAAAGUGCUGACAUGGUUUGUCUCCUGCGUUCCGACUCGAUUAA